CGUGUGCGCAUGCACGGCCACACAUUUUAAAGGAAUUAACUUCGUUUUCAGGGAAGGCGGCACCUAUCAAGUUAAAAAUCUUGUCUGCCCGAGGUGUUUGCAAUGCCACGUCUUUUUUGGUUACUGAUUUGAUUGACCAUGUGACUGAAUUAGAGGCUCAAAUGGCUGCGGUGGCUGCAUGAUCCGCUUUACUUUUUUAAAGUCCGGUGAUCGGUAGCUCCCUCGGCAGCGACCAUCCACAGCAGAGGACCGCUGAAAAACACAGCGCCUACCCGGACAAAUCAUGGCGAACAGCGGGCAGAAAGUUGUGCUGAUCACCGGCUGCUCCUCCGGCAUCGGGUUACGAAUCGCCGUCACGCUGGCCAAAGAUGAAAAGAAGCGUUACCAUGUUAUUGCCACCAUGCGGGAUCUGAAGAAGAAAAACAAGCUAGUGGAGGCAGCGGGAGAUGCAUAUGGCAAGACCUUGAUAUUACUUCCACUAGACGUGUGCAGUGACGAGUCAGUUAAGCAGUGCAUCAACAAUAUCAAGGACCGCCAUAUUGAUAUCCUGAUCAACAAUGCAGGAGUGGGCUUGCUGGGACCUGUGGAAAGCAUCAGCAUCGAGGAGAUGAAAAGAGUUUUUGAGACCAACUUCUUCGGUGUUGUUCGCAUGAUAAAAGAAGUGAUGCCAGACAUGAAGAAAAGGCGUUCAGGACACAUUGUGGUCAUGAGCAGUGUCAUGGGUCUUCAGGGAGUGGUGUUCAAUGAUGUUUACACUGCCUCUAAGUUUGCCAUGGAAGGUUUCUGUGAGAGUAUGGCCGUGCAACUGAUGAAGUUCAAUAUCCGUUUGUCCAUGAUUGAGCCUGGCCCAGUGCACACUGAGUUUGAGACAAAGAUGAUGGAGGAUGUGGCCAAGAUGGAGUAUCCAGGGGUAGAUGCCGACACAGUCCGUUAUUUUAAAGAUGUUUACCUGCCGUCAUCCAUAGAUAUAUUUGAAGCCAUGGGCCAGACGCCAGAGGACAUAGCUAAAUGCACUAAAAAGGUUAUUGAGUCAAGCAGCCCUCGCUUCAGGAAUCUGACUAACAGCCUCUACACACCUAUUGUGGCCUUAAAGUACGCAGAUGAGACUGGUGGCCUGUCUGUCAACACUUUCUACAACCUACUCUUCAAUUUUGGCCCUCUCAUGCACAUCACCAUGAGCAUCCUCAAGUGCCUGACAUGCAGCUGCCUGCGUAGACGCACCGUCUCACCUAACUGAAGAGGGUGUCCAACCCUGCCCCUAAUCCUUACACUCCCAUAUUAUUGAACCCCACCCCAUUCCUACUGCCUUAUUCUGAGGUAUUGGGCUAAGCAGGCGGACUAGAGCCAGUAACCUUGGAGAGAGGAGGUGCCUUUUAGUUCAAGGAAACUACCAUGAUAAGCUUUGCUAGACAAAAUGCACAAUUGCACAAGUUUGUCACAGAGAUGUUGUAUGCAGGAUGACCUCAUUUGAACACACACAAACACACACACACACACACACACACACACACACACACACACACACACACACACACACACACACACACACACACACACACACACACAGAUAUAGUGUGGCUAUAUUGAGGUUAGAUGUCUAUAUCAUUUAAAUGAGACA